AUGCAUUUCAACGUUAUGUUCCAGCAGGUGGUUGGUAAAGUGCCCCCGGGGAAGCCUCAUCAGUACAGCGACGAUCCAACUGUCGUUAAACUUUCAGCAGAGAGAAAGUCCCUUCAGCAAGAAUGUAGCCUCACAGGGAUAAGUGACAGGAGUGGCCUCAGAAAAAGAAUCAACCAUCUCAAACGUACCAUCAAAAAGAGGUUGAAAUCUAUCAACGAGGCCACUGCUAACGCCCUAGUAGAUGUCAUCAACAACACCGACAGCUGCAGAAGCAUGUUUGAAGCGAAUAGAACUUUGGCCCAGUGUAGGAUGAAGAAAGAUGGAGUGACUGUCCACGAUGCAGACGGCAAAACCUUAGGUUCUGACUCAUUAAAAGCAGAAGCUAUUAAAGAAUACUUUAAUAAUGAGUGCAAUGAAAAAGAUGAACCCCAUCUCCCAGCAUUCAUAGACCCUCCUGGAAGCCUCCUCUGUCCCAUAACACCUGAAGAAGUUGGCCGUGCUGUUAUGAAGCUGAAAUCCGGUAGAGUGUGUGGCCCUGACGGUAUACCUAAUGAGCUAAUGAAAGCUGCUGGAUAUCCCCUCCACUGUGAGUUGGCUAGGAUCUACAAUCUCUCCUUUGACGCCAACACAUACAUCCCAGCUAUUGGAGAAGGUAUCCUGACACCCCUUCAGCAGCCAGGAAAACCCCGAGGUCCGGUAAAGUCUAUCCGGCCCCUCACAUUGCUUAAUGGAACUAGAAAAGUCCUAUCCCUCGUAGCCUUGAACAGAAUCAAUUACCACGUUGAUAUGUACACUGGACCUUGGCAGGCGGCAUACAAGCAGGGUCGCAGUUGUGCUGACCUGUACCUCCUCUCAAAUACAAAGCUCAAGGUGACGGUCAACAGAGCUGAGUCUGGUGAAUUCGUGAUUAAUAUUGGAGCUUACCAGGGAGACAGUCUGGCAGGUAAAGUGUUUACAUUGACCCUUGCCGGUGCCCUGAAUCACAUCAGAGCCGUGAUCAGUGUCACAAUCCCUAGACCGAACCCCCCAGUCUCUGAUAGAAGCCUCCCGUUAGAGUCCGCCUAUGCUGACGAUGCUGAGCUUCUGAGUGAAGAUGGUCAGAGUCUGGUGAAGAUACUAGAGAUUGCCAGUGACAUACUAAAGGACUGGAGUCUCUUUGUUAACGAAUCAAAGACGGUGUUUACAAGAGUGUAUUUGGCAGGAACAGAUGCUUUAGAUGCCCAUGGCAAUAAAAUCAGAGGAAAUGAAGAGUGGCGACAGUCAGUGCUAUUAGGAUCAAAGCUCUGUUCAGAAAGAGAUAUUGUCAACAGACGCAACAAAGCCAAUGUUGCCUUCUACACCUACAAGAAAGUUGUACGAAGCUCUUGUCACUUCAGUGUUGUUGUAUAA